UAGACCAUGACGUCACAACAUGGCGGAUCUGUGUGGCGCACCGGACACUUCACUGGGUCAACCUUUAUUUUAAGGUCGUUAUUUAGACACUACGCAGUCACUAUAUAACAAAACGUGCGUUAAUGUGAUUUCUGUCUCUGGUUGUCUACACAUUUGAUGCUAAACAGAGAGUUUUCUGGCGUCAACGCUCACUUGACUGAAGCCUCUCCACGGAGAGCUCUGAGCGGGCUGGAAGCUGCAACUAGCCGGAAGAACACAACCAGCGGGGAGUCUCCAAAGGUACAACUCAGGUCUUGCUCCCACUUGGUCCUAGAAUUCAGGGGUUUAACCUCUGUAAGGGCCAGAAUGCGGUUAUAUGACAAGGGGAUGGAGAUAGACUGCCAGCCCGAGGAACCGGUUAUCUCUUCUUUUGACGAGGACUGUGUUGAGCUUGGUGACGUCAAGGACAUGAGAUUGGAGGCAGAGGCAGUUGUCAGUGACGUUCUUUUUGCCGUUGCUGAAAUGCACUUGUCACAAAGUUUCAACAGCGCGAGGGAUGUGGCCCACAUCAACGUGGAAACAAAAGAGGGAAACCGGUAUUGUCUGGAACUCACAGAGUCCGGACUACGGGUGGUGGGCUAUGCCUUCGAUCAAGUGGACGAGGAUUUGAACACCCAGUAUCAUGAGACUGUUUACUCUCUUCUGGACAAGCUGAGUCCGGGUUACAGAGAAGCCUUUGGGAACGCUUUACUCCAGCGGCUCGAGCAGCUGAAGCAAAACGGACAAUAAAAAGAACCAACAUGCUGUAUAAGUGGAAUGAGGGCUGAUGAUGCAGGGUGUAUUUUGAUGUAUCCACCUGCCUAGCUACCAUUACAAUAAGAGCCCCAUCAACUUAUUUUCAUACCAUUGAAUGACUUCUACUGCUAGGUAUUGGCUAUAUGGGCUCUGUUGCAACAUUGUGUUGUUGACUUUACUGUGGUAAGAUCUUCCAGCUUCCACAUGAUUCGAAUCUGUGUCAGCACAUCGUCUGAGUAUUCUGCACCUUUUUGUAUUUGUAAUUAUCCGAGAAGGUGGAGCAGCAAGUUGUGAAUUAUUUUUCCAGUUUAUUCCUCUACCCUGCUUUCACUGUAGUUCUGAGCUGAUAUCUGCUCAAAUAUACGUAGGUACUACUUAUUCAGCACCUCAAAGCGCCAAAGCUUUAUUCUUUCAACUCAAGCUGCCUUAAUGACCUUUGGUUAAAAAAAAAAAACAUUGACCCGUUACUUAUUUUGUAUAGACGGAGAUAAAAAAGGUAUUUUGUAUGGCUGACAAGGUCAUGAAACAUUUUAAAAGUGGGCACUGUCAAGUUUUGCUUCAAGAUUACAUUUUCCAUACUGCACUACACCUCAAGCUUGCGCUAUACAAGUAAAUAAACUCCUUUGUAUUCAUGUCA